UCUCCCUCCUUUGGUAGAUGGUGUCACUAUCGACGAUUGUCGCUGUCGUCAUCAUCGAAUCGGUAGUUCAUAGUUGCGCCGCUUGAUGGCGCUCCAGGUGGCGCGCGCAACAUGGCAGCGCGCGGCGCGCGUCGUCGCAUCGCCGAUGGAGGCGCUCUGGCUCUCUUUCACUUUGUCUGAUGCUUCCGUCGAAUUCGAAUCGAACAAACUCGAACAUUUUAAGCGCGUAGAUUCGAGCCAAGAAAAGUCUUUCUGGAUAGUACGAGAGGUACGGUUAAAAAAGCGGAAGAGAAAAGUCUUUGAAGGUCUCGAUUUGCGGGUGGGAGAGGGGCGGUGGAGGGCGUUUCGACCUACCCUACGACACGGUGUCGUCCAGUCAUCGUCGGUGCUGUUUCGUGUUGCAAGAAAGCACGUCAAAUCACGUCGCAGGGCCCGAACGGUGCACCUCCCGUAAGGACAUUACUCCGUUACUUUCGAUCCGCCCUAUACGAGCGCGUGUGUGUGGGUGUGUAUGUGUGUUGUAUGCAUGUGUGUAUAUUUGUUCUGUGCGCGAUUUUGUGGAGGAUUACAAUGGAACACGUGCAGAUAAAGGACAUCCGCGCGGGGCAGAAAAACAUCAACGUAGUGUUUAUCGUUUUGGAGGUUAGCCAUCCUACCAUAACCAAAGAGAACCGCGAAGUUCGAACGUUCAAAGUGGCCGACAGCACCGCCUGCAUGAACGUCUCUAUCUGGGACGAACCUGGACAACUUCUGAUGCCGGGUGACAUUGUACGGCUCACCAAGGGCUACGCGUCCAUUUGGCGGCAAUGCCUGACCCUUUAUUCGGGAAAGAACGGUGACAUCCAGAAGAUUGGCGAGUUUUGUAUGGUAAUCAACGAGCAGGUGAACAUGAGCGAGCCGAAUCCGAUGCUGGUGCAGCAGCUUGUUAAUCGAGAUCAGAGCGGCUCCGGCCCGCCCAGCAGCAACGUCAACAACAGCAUCACCAACAACGGCAAUGCCAACAGUAUCUCGGGUCAACCAGGACGGCAGCCUUUGGCAAGUCAAAGUAACACAACAACUCCUGGUAGCGGAUCCGCGGCAAGUUCGACGACCGCAAAGAGCGGAAACGGCGGCAGCGGA